AUGAAGCCACACACUCGUCCUGGAGCCAAGGACGGAGACGGAGACAGCGUGAGGUCAUCAAGAAGCGCCCGUCUGAACGCUCCAUCACUCCAGCGCACUGUGGCUAACGAGGCCAGACGCAGCAGCAGGCUUAAUGGGACGAAGGCGGCGCGGGAUGCUCUGACCGCCGCCGUGGAACCUCUCUUUGUUAAUGAGACACAGUGUUCAAAGAGGGGCAAAGAGCACCCGCCAUUAGGGACCGUCUACACCAGGCAUGGAGCUGUGCUUGGCUCUGCUGUGGAUGCUGUCUGCAGACCUCUCACUCACGUCUUCAAGAAGCAGCAACUUGAAGAAGAAUGGUUGAAACCGAGCGAUCCUCAUUUCUGCAAAACCACUGAAGAGGAGCAAAAGUCUCAGAUUUUAUGGCUCACGGCUGUAGGGAAAGGAGAAGGAGAAGAUGACUCACUUACUCCUACAAGAAAGCGGCACGCGGCAGCAGCGCCAGUCUCUUCUCUGCCUCCAACUGAAGAACUGAAACGCCUGCACCAUGACUGA